AUGAGACCUGUGCCUGACGUCGUUUCUCAUCGAUCCCGCAAGUCGUCCUUCGAACAGCAGUGGACCGAUCCCCGCAACACCGCCCCCGCGACUUUCUUUUUGACCCGCAGUAGCCAUGAUAAUGAUCCUGAGGAUGAACUUUCUCAGGAUGACUCCGAGAUCUCGAAGGAUAGCACAUAUGGGGUCCAGAGUCUCGGCGAAGCCACUUAUCCAGCCACUCUAGGUGCAUCCAAAUGCCAGCCUGACCCCCCUUCCGACAACAAACUCUCCCCCAGCAGAGCCCAACACCCCCACGAGGACUGCCACGAAGAAGAUGGUGAAGCCUUGCCCUCGAUCCGACGCAGAUCAACUCUCAGGCCAUUUGAUCUGCUCAAUUCCAAAAUAGAUACUGCCUCUUUACAACCUCCUUCUGACCCUUCUUUAUCCCGCCCGCUCACUCCGUUCAACCUCAGCAACCCUGACGACCAUCCGUCCCUCCCCAGUAGCCCAAAGUCAAUAUCAAACCAAUCAUUGAAAAACCUCGAUGACAUCUCCAUUGGUGAUGACCUUAGCAGCCAAGCCAUCGCUUCGGGAGAAGAGGAUGAUGAGCCCCGGGACGCCCCUGGCUUGGGCCCCGACAAUAAAUCUCAACUGAUAAUGCCUAGCCUCAGAAUGCCAAGUCGAAGGCCUUUUACAGAACGAGGUAAAGGCAUAGGGCGGUUGAAAGUGCUUCUUGCUGGUGCACCCGGCUCUGGGAAAACGUCCCUGAUAAAAUCCAUCGUACAGGUUUGCGAAGAUAUUGUGCAUGUGGAUCCUUUCCCGUCUCCUGCUCCUCCAAGCCCACACAGCUGGUCUCGCCCGCAGACCCGAAUUACGCAGGUCCAAAGCAUGCCGACAGUCAUUUCGGAGACCUACGCUAGUACUAAACCUUACCCUCCGUGGUGGUCAGAUUUGGAAGAUUCACGGGUGCUGCGCCGGAGAAAAAGCAUGGGUGAUAUUGUUCUUGAACGGAACCUCUGCUUCGUUGAUACACCGGCAAACUCCCUCAGUCGAGCCGGACAGACUGAUACUAUAGUUCAAUACAUGCACCAGCAACUUCUCCGUGCCACAGAUUCACUGGACUCCUUGAAUAUUGAUUUUCAAAACCUCCUUGCUGGGAACGGCGGAUCUCAAGUAGAUACCAUCAUCUAUCUUAUCUCUGAAGAAUCCCUUUCGACUGAUAUUGAAUGCAUCCGGAAACUUUGUGAUUUGACAAAUGUCAUCCCCGUUAUAUCCAAAGCGGAUCUCCUGUUGCCUGGUCAGGUUGCCGCUCUCAAGGCCUCCUUUCACAAGCAUGCCCAGGCUGCCUCCAUCAAACCCUUCCUGUUUGGAGACUUGGGCUUAGGCGGGAUAGAUGGGAUUGACCCUCGAUUGCCUUUUGCAGUUUCAUCGGCAGCUUCCAGUGACGAUGAUGUCAUGGACGCCAGUACUUUAAUGAGCCCAGACUACGUUCAACCAUUGGUGCCAUCCGAACUAGGUCUCUUGGUCGAGAAGAUGUUUGAUCGAGAUAACCUAGCUUGGAUGCGCCACUCUGCCGCAAAGAAACUCACUCAAAGGCAGCGGGGGCAACCCCGUCAGCGGCGACAGUCCACACACAGUGCCCCCCGGUCUCUUAGCCAAAGUAGUAUGUCAGGAUUAGGCUCCCCUCUUCCAUCGGUGUGCUCCUCCGAUGGCAUUGUUUCACUUGCUAGCGGUUGCUCCCCUAGUUAUACUAUAGCGCGCAUUGCAGACUACACCCAGAGCGAAGAGAAGCUAGCACAAGUACAUCUGGCUAAAUGGGCAUCAGACUUGCAGCGAAGCCUUCAGAAUGAACGCGAACGAUACGCGGCCAUGACAAGGGGGGACCGUGCUGUUUGGCUCACGGAGCGACUGGGCGAGUGUGUUGUAGAUGGAUCCCUGGUGCCGAUUACACAGACACCGGGCUUCUGCGGACUGCACCAAGCACCCUCGGACAAAACGGGGGGUGGCUUUUUGGUUCGAACCCCAGAUGGACAGGGAAUAGAAUACCAUCUUGCGAAAUUAAGUCCACAUGACCCUCUGGGGGUUGUUUGGUGGACGGAUGAUGUAAAACGACGAGGAUGGACUAUUGUCCAAAUUGUUGGAAGCUUUGGUGUCGUGGGAGGGCUGGCCCUCUGGCUCGCAAAGACAUGGGGUCUACCGUCACGAAGCCUAUCUGAAUGGCACUUGAACUGGAGUGGCCACCAGUAA